ACUCACUCACACUCACACACACCUCACUUCACGUAAAUACUUUUUCUUCCUUGUAGAAACAAUCAAAGCUGUGAGUCGCUCUCUGGUGAAUCCCAGCAGUUUGCAGAGAGGCUGGUUAAGUGAACGCAAUGGGGAAAAUCGAGUGGGCUAUGUGGGCCAAUGAGCAGGCUCUGGCCUCAGGACUCAUUCUCCUCACUGGAGGCAUUGUGGGGGUGGCUGGACAGUUCAGAGGCUGGCAGUUUGCUGCUUAUGCUGUUGCUGCUGGGGCAUUUGUGUGUCUACUGGAGUAUCCCAGAAGCAAGAGGGCCAAAGGCACAAGUGUGGAGAGAACGGGCCAGUACUGCUUCACAGUAUGUGUGAAAUCCUUUGGGCCAUUGACAAGGAACUACUAUGUCAGAGCAUUUUUACAUGCUGCAAUCUGUGUACCUGGAGGUUUUAUGCUUGCAACUGUCCUCGGAUGUGUCUGUCUCGGCAUUGCCAGCCUUAUCUACCUUGUGGCAGCUAUCCGAGGUGAACAGUGGGAGCCCAUUCUUCCAAGAAAGGAGAUGGUCCGAAAGCCAGCAGACACCAUGAAGAAUCCUCCCCAGAAUCCACCACCGAGACCUCCUCCUGAGACGCGUAGAAAACGGGUGGACGACCUUGAGGGAGCAGCCUAUGACAACCCCAUCCCCGUUGGCGAGUAACUAACCAGUUCAUUGCCCCAUCCUCUGUACCCUUUCCCCUGUCUGCCUGAGAGCUUGGUACAAUGAAACCAUCAAAACCAGUCACAGUGGGGUCACCAGAUUAUCUGAGUCUGGACAAACGAUUAGUUUUCUGAAGUCAAGUGAAGCCAGUGACUGGACUACAUGUUGGGUCCACACCUUCUUAUUCAACCUGCAGAUAAAUACUGUACCUUGAGAGAGCACAUUAAAAAUGUUUCUUGACAAAUUAAUUUGAAAUUCAAAGGAGGAUGGAUAAAGUGAAUUUAAGUUUUGAAACAAAAAAAAAAAUGCCACAGAAUUUAAUGUAAAUGCUAUAGCUGCUAAGUGGCAACCAUUUACAAAAGUUGUCAAGUCAAAAGACUGUAGGUGAUGUAGGCAUUUUACUGCAGUUAUAAAAGUUCAAACCAAUACCUAUUUUCUGUGCCAACCACCAUAAUGUAUAUUUUUAAGUUGUGUUGCAUCCACUGUAUUGUUUGCCAUGCACAUAUCUUACAAUAUACUGUAAUAAGUACUUGUAUUCUGUUCUUAACCCCAAUGUAUUUUUGUAUUUCUUGAGGUGAACUGAUCAAAAUCCUGAAGGACAACAUAGCGAUGUUUACUAAGAUUAAAUUGACAUUUUGGGUUUUGGCUGUAUCAGGCUGAUUAUAUUUGGCAUUUAUCAUUAUUUUGUUGUCUGUAUUUUGAUGUCUUGUAAAUAAAUCCCUUGUGCGCCUUGAA